AUGUCUGGGCGCAGGCGCAAGUUCUUCAAGACCAGUCAGACGCUCGACCGUGCGGGCGGAUACACGCGACACACGACGUUCGUCCGUGGACAGCUGCGCAAGAAGUUCAAGAGAGAAUUGGUCCGGCUCACCGACGACCCGAAGGUGGAGAUGCGCUGGACGUUGGAGCGGUUCGCCAAGCACAUCUUCGUCAAGCACCGGCUGCGCCUCGUCGGCUGGCCACACGGUACCAAGUUCGGCAACCUGAGCGAAAACGCGACGAGCUUGAACGAGCUCAUCGGCCUGCACAGGCUGUGGGACCGCGGCGACCUGCGCUUCGAGCGCGUGGGCAUCGAGGAGGCAGAGGCGGCGAGGGCGAACUGUAGGCUUGCGGCGCCGACGCCGUUCGUCCUCCCGCGCGGAACACGGGCGAAUGAAGACGAGCGGCGGGACCCGGGUGUGGUGGAGUUCGGGAUGUGGCGCCGGCGGAUGUCGUGCAUGGUGACAAAGUCACAGCGCGAGAUCACUUGGGAGGACGAGGAGGAGGCGGAGCAUCCGCUGGGGAGGGAGGCGUCGAGCGACCUGAUAGACAGCUUUAGCAGUCGCGGCUGUGGUUGGGAUGUAGCUCGCCCUCUCCGCCGCCACCCGUUCCCCUUGCUGCCCCUCCUGCUCGCCGGCUUCUCCCUUCACCAAUCCUCCUCUCGGACGAUCCAAGGCACGGGCAACCGCUAUCGCGAUCUGCGUUCGUCACCCAAUACUGACGACCUGGCGCAGUCCACUCACCCGUUGUCGCGCAUCAUCGCACGGAGGCUGGUACGGCGCGAGGCACGAUGGAAACGCGUGGUGCAGUGGCCGGUGGCCGGUGGUCAGGCUGGUCUUGCAAGUGCGACUACGCGCUGCCCAUGGUUCGCUGGCAGGCGCACCCGACGAGGCGAAAUCGACUUACCAGUUGCCGCGCAUCGGUACGCUGCCGUUCGUUCUCCUGCAGCGUACCGGGUGUGGUCACGCCGCUCUAGCAAGCGCGACCACGAGCUGGCCGUGUUCCGCUGGCAAGCGCUACCCGUGGGCGUGGCGGCGGCGGCGGCGGAAAAGAGCUUGUGA